UCCGAGGUGGCGAGCAUCAGAAGCGACAAAGAAUCAAUUGAAAUCGAUCUCCUGGCUGAGAGGCCUGAACAGGGAUCCAACAUCCUCGCCUACGCUAAUGUUGUCUGCGUUGUCGCAGGUAAACAUCAUCUGUCCAAAAAUGCACAGCUACUUCAGCUUGUGCAAUAUCAUAUUUCUAAAACAUAGUAUUUGUUCAUUCGUUUCAUUUCAGGCACUGGGAUUCUUGGUCUUCCUUAUGCUCUAAAGAUGGGUGGCUGGAUUGGUGUUGGUGUUUUGUUGCUCACCACGAUUAUGUCCAUUUACACCGCUAUGCUUCUCAUGAAGUGCCUCUACUAUAAUGGCAAGUACCGUCUUCACUCGUAUCAGGAGAUCGGACGUCACGCCUUCGGUCGUCCUGGUCUCAUUGCCGUCUGGUUCUUCCAUACCUCAAUCGUCCUUGGCGGUCCUAUUAUGUACCUCAUCUUAGCCGGUACAGAGAUGAAGGGACUCGUCACUAGCACUGAUAUCAGCGUUAAAGCUUGGAUCUGGAUUUGUGCUGGCAUUAUUGCUGUUCCCUUCGUAGCCUUGAAGACUUUGAAGGAGGUUGCUAUCAUGUCUAUCUUUGGAGUCCUUGCUACUGUUGUUCUUGUCGCUAUUGCUGUUCGUGGUUCGGUUAUGGAUCUCAGCAACCCUGAAUAUGCUGAUGUUAGGCAUGAUACCGUUGUUCCUAUAAAUCUACCUACUACUAUUGCCUCGAUCUCGAUCUGCUAUGGAGGCAAUGUCGUCUACAUGCACGUUGAGGAGGCUAUGCGCUAUCCUAAGAGCUGGAACCGCGUUGUUGCUGCUGCUUUGUCCACUUGUGCAAUCUUCUACCUUGCUACUGCCAUCCCUGGCUACCUCACCUAUGGUCACAAGGUCGAGUCACCCAUCCUGGGCAACUUGCCUCGGGAUACCACUACUAAGAUCGGUAUUGUGGUCAUCAUUAUCCACGUUAUUCUUGCUGCUCCUAUUCUUCUGACCUCCUUUGCUCUUGAGUUUGAGCGUCUUGUCGACGUCACUGUCGCACGUCGUGGUAAGAUCAUGGAGCGCGUCUACCGCACUGUAAUUCGGUUGACGAUCAUCGGUGUCUGUGGUGCUAUCGCUUGCACUGUUCCUUACUUUGGCAACUUUUUGUCACUCUUGGGUGCUCUCGGCAACUGUACCUUGAUCUUUGUUCUUCCCAUUAUCUGCUACUUCAAGCUGAUUGGGUGGAGACACUUCAAAUGGUAUGAGUUGGCUUGGUGCGCUUUCAUUGUUCUCGUCGGUAUCAUCAGCGCCAUCAUCGGCUCCAUCGAUGCCAUCAAGGCUAUUCAUAUUUCUUUCGUAAACGAUAGAGUCAAUUAGAAAGUUCCAAAAAAAAAAAAAAAAAAAA